CGCAGCUCGGGCCACCGCCUGCCACCAUGGGGGCGUCCGGGCGGCUGCUGCGUGCCGUGAUCAUGGGGGCCCCGGGCUCCGGCAAGGGCACUGUGUCGUCACGCAUCACUAAACACUUCGAACUGAAGCACCUCUCCAGCGGGGACCUGCUCCGCCAGAACAUGCUGCAGGGCACAGAAAUUGGUGUGUUGGCCAAGACUUUCAUUGACCAAGGAAAGCUCAUCCCAGAUGACGUCAUGACUCGGCUGGCCCUUCAUGAGCUGAAAAACCUUACCCAGUGUAGCUGGCUGUUGGAUGGAUUUCCAAGGACACUUCCACAGGCAGAAGCCCUGGAUAGAGUUUAUCAGAUAGACACAGUAAUAAAUCUCAACGUGCCCUUUGAGGUCAUUAAACAACGCCUUACUGCUCGCUGGAUACAUCCCGCCAGCGGUCGAGUAUACAACAUUGAAUUCAACCCUCCCAAAACUGUGGGCAUUGAUGACCUGACAGGGGAACCUCUGAUUCAGCGUGAGGACGACAAACCAGAGACAGUGGUCAAGAGACUAAAGGCGUAUGAAGCCCAGACUGAGCCAGUCCUGCAGUAUUACCAGAAAAAAGGGGUGUUGGAAACAUUCUCCGGAACAGAAACCAACAAGAUAUGGCCCCACAUAUACUCCUUUCUACAGACGAAAGUUCCAGAAACUAUUCCAAAAGCCUCUGUUACUCCCUGAGGAGGGCAGCAAUUGGCAGGAUGAAGCAGGGCCUCCUCUCCUCUCCUUGCCUCUGUAUUUCGAAGCUCUUUUCCUAAGACUUCUCUAAAAAUUAUGAUUUACUCCUAAUGGCUGUGCCAAAUGAGUCAGAUACUAAGCCUGAUCUGUUAAAAUAGCCUCAUAUGUUUAAUCUAGGAUCUAGUUGUCUUCUGUGGAUGUGCAAUUCAGAAACAUCAGAGAUGCUGAAUCAAACAAACUCAGAGCACAAUUAACGGAGCAACUGGUAGUCAUCUAACCUUCUGUUCAGUUAGUCAAAGUGGUUGAUCACAUUUUCAUGUUUUUCUGGAAAAGUUAAAAAAAAUUAGGUAUCACUUGAGGCAGAUAAAUAUCUCAUUAGAGGCUUUUGCAUAAACCAAUGCCCACUGCAAUCCAGAAAGGUGUUUUCUAGUCCGAGGGGAUGUGGUAUUAGAAGACACUGUCUAUAGAUUCCAGAAAGCAAGCAACGGGCUUUACAGAUAUUACUAGAUGCAAACUCACUGCUGCCUUUAUAGGAAAAGCCAGGGCACAGGGCCACCACGCUGUGUCCUCUACUUAUUCAAUCCGCUAUGAAAAUGCAGCCACUGGCACUUAGGGACCAGUGACUUGAAUAUGGAUUGUUUUCUUUUUCAAACAUGCAUGGACUGAGGUAUAUGAUUUAUGUUAACUGACAAUGGAAUUAAGCCCUAAGUUCCCACAUGCUACUCAGGUUGAGGACCAUGUUGUUAGGACCUACCUGUCAGUUUUCCUCUUUGAUCUAAAUGGACUGUCUGCCUUGAUGAGCAAGAUAAUAAACAGAAGACUAAAGGGUAAGACAGCAUCCACGGCAGACAAUAUCCAUGGGCAUUUGCCACUGUGGAGUAGACGGGACAUGCCAGGGACAGCCCCUUGACAGAAAGACCAGUCAACUAACCAACAGGUGUAGUAAUUGAAGGAUUUGCAUGGUGGGUUCAAAGGCACUGUAAAGAGCUUCCUUAAGGACAUUUAUACCUGUGUUGAAGUUCUAAACUCAAGAUCUUGCCUCAGCCUCUCUCAAGUGCUGGCAUCACUGUGUGCUACCACUUCCUGCCCUACUUUAAAGGGAAACAACUCUACUGGUAGCAUCUAUGCAGCCUCGUCUUCUACCUACAGCACUGGGAUCCAAUCACGCCUGUACGCUGGGCAAGCAUCCUACACUGUGCUGUCUCCAGCCCUUUCUGUUGCUGCUGUUGGUUCUGCUGGUGGUUCAGUUCUGUGUAGCCCAGGUUGGCUUGAGACCAUUCUGUUGUCAACACUGGCCCCACAUCCGUGGCCUCCUUCGUCUCUCAAGUGCUCACACUACAGGUGGAUACCACUAAACCAACCCCGAGAACCCAUCUUAAAAUGGCAGUCACUUUAGACUCCUUAGUAAGGAAUCUAAGGACAAGGACCUGCCCUUAUAUUUUGUGGCCUGAAGGGACAAAAUGGGAGAAGUUCAAUAAAAAGACAUUUCCACCUUUCAGGAAGAUGUUCUCUUAUUUUACUUGGUGCUAAAUCAAAGAAUCAAGCCCUUGUUCCAGCCUUUGAAAUUCUGGCCUACCUUAUUUCAGACACUCGGAGUACAAAUGCCAACAAAUGGAUCUUACGUAUUUGGGAGUGAGAAGGAAUCUCCGAUGUUUAAAUUUCACUGUUGAUCUUCCAAAAUGGACUAGGCCUUAGGAUCACAAUGAACAUCUUGUCCUUUGUCAAUGUUUCUCUACUGCCUUAGCUGAUGUUGAUAACCACUUUCUAAAACCUGUUGUGAAUUACCUAAACCUAGGACUCAUCAGCAGGUGAUAACAGCACUGUGGCUGUUGUCCUUUGUCCCUGGCCCUUCACAAGACCCUAAACCCCCUUCCUGUCUGCUCCCACAAUGUCUCACUGGCUUCUUUCUAAUAAAUGGUCUUCAAACAGUA